UGAAGAAGACUUUGUACACGUUGUAUAUAGUUUUUUUUUUAUACCAUUCAACCAAUACAGUGUUGAAUGAAUGCCAGCAGCAGAUUCAGUGUGUAUAGAUGAAUCUGAGUUAUUGGCUUAUGGUUGCAUUUGCAUAAUCAUGAAGUGAGAGCUGCACUAACACCAGGCACAGUCCCAACUUGAGAUCAGAUUUAACGCAACCCCAUCAGUGGCUAGCAUCAACCACGGACCAACAUCUAUUUAGUCUCAUCAAACUAUGGCCUCAAGUCAGUUCACAUGUUAGCUAAACACCGGAUAGCUUGCCCGUCCAACUUGCAACAACUUUAUCACUUACUCUAUGAUCACACCAAUUGCAGUGAGUUAGGACUUUCUCUUUACUUCUUCUGCUCGCAUCAACAAGUAAAGACACACUAGAGCCUGGAAGUUCUUCUUUGAUAAAUUAAGACGGCAACUCUGGAGAAAAUGCCUCGCUCCUUCUUAGUGAAAGCGAAGGGGAAGAAAGUGACUUACGCCCCGGCAAUUUGUAUGGAUGCCGAGGCAAGAAUGGUCAGUGCAUUCACGCCCGUUACGCCCAGGAAGAAAGAGCUACCCGUUAGCAGCAACCCGGAGAUUGGACGCGCUGUGAUCAUCGGACCGUAUGAGGAGUCGGCAAUACCCGGCAAGCAACACAGCCCAACGAUGAGCAUUGAUCAGCGCUUAUCGGAGUUGACCAACGGAGUCCGGAGAGGUCCCAUUCCAGGCCCCAUCACCAUCCUCCCCUGCACCUUACCACCUGGCUACCCACCACCAAGACCACUCAGUAGUCCAAGUCAACGAUGGCCGAGUGAGAUCUCAAGCUACGACAUACCCUCGCCGCCAGCUAAUGGUUUCAUCAGCCGUGAAAUAUCCGAGCUGUUGAAAGAUGGCCGCCUCAGCUAUACCGACGUAUACAGAGCUCGUUUUGCACAAAUCGAAAAAGACCUUCUGAAAUCCUUCUCGCUUGAUGAUCUUAACUGGUACCGAGCUAAACUUGGGGUAGGGAUACCUGCUUACGUACCAUCCCUCCCUGGUGCAGCUGGGCUGCGACAACACCCUUUCAUCGGCAUGGAACGCCCUCCUCUCCAGAGAAGAUAUUCGUCCGAUCCAGAAGAGUUCCGAGCCGAGAGGAAGCUGUUCUCCCCCUCGCCACCGCUCUGUGGUUCCCCCGGUCAACAUGGCACUUACACCUGCCAAGACUGUAAUAAAGUCUUCAGUACACCGCACGGACUUGAAGUUCACGUUCGCCGAUCGCACAGCGGUAAGAGACCAUACGCCUGCGAUCUGUGCCACAAAACCUUCGGACAUGCCGUGAGUUUGAGCCAACACCGGGCAGUGCAUAGUCAAGAGAGGUCGUUUCAUUGCAAGCAAUGUGGCAAGACAUUCAAAAGAUCUUCAACACUGUCUACACACAUGCUGAUACAUUCUGACACAAGACCUUAUCCUUGCGAGUAUUGCGGCAAAAGAUUCCACCAGAAAUCAGACAUGAAGAAACAUACCUACAUCCAUACAGGUGAGAAACCACAUAAAUGUCUGGUGUGCGGAAAAGCCUUCAGUCAAUCUUCGAACCUCAUCACACACAGCAGGAAACACACGGGGUACAAGCCGUUUGGUUGCAAGAUCUGCGGCAGAGCGUUCCAACGCAAGGUUGAUCUUCGUCGACACUUCGAGACACAACAUCCCGACCAAGAAAGGACCACAUCCGCCAUGUUUGGAGUCAUAAGCAUAUGAUGGUCACGUGAUGAACACGACUUGCGCAAUAUUUGAAAAAAAAAACUGAUUAUGAUAAUGGACAUGGUGAACAAUGGCGACUGAGUGACGUCAUUACAAAGAUGCUGCGUGAUGUACAUUACGUCAUUUUCCAAACGGGAAACCUUUGCAAUCACGCAUUGUGUGUGUGAUAGAACAUUGAACGUGGAAUGAAAAGGCAAUCUAACAGUGCCAACAACACCCGAUGUGUAUAAUAGAUAUAUUGUACAUAUUAAGAAUUGUUGAAAAUUGUAAUAUAUUUACCAAAUAUGAAUUAUUAUACGUGCAUGUAACGUCUGGUUCCCAACCUUAUGUUGUUGAGCAAUUGUUGCAUUCAGAUGUGGAUCUUUAUGGUCCUGGCUUUAUUACUGGCUUCGAUUUUGUUCGGUUCCAGAUUAAACAUGUUUAUGUUUUGUAGUUGAUGAUAAAAAGUAGCUACUAUAAUUCCAGUUCCCCACCAAGUACUAUUUACAAAUUAUUAUAAUGUUUAAGUCAAAAACAUUCCCCACCAAUAAGAUGACGUGUUUAUGAAUAUCAUUAAAUGAAAGAGGAUUAUUGGUCAGAGUUGUAGAACAAUGGCAGAACACAAGAGAAUUACAACAUACUGACGACAAAAAAACCGCGAGGAAAAAAUGGCAGAAUACGCAAAUUAAAGAACUAACACAAAAACGGGAGAACUAUAUACUUUGGAGAACUUAUUUGUCUGUUGUUACGUUCGAAAAAUCAGUUUCUUGAAAAUCAAACACAAAUCAUGGUCUGAUUAAACAAUGCCUUGGUUGAAUGUUGAAUAAACUCAGUACUCAAUCCAGUUUGUGAAGUCAUAAGUUCAAAACCAUGUUAAGAAUAAAACUGAAAAGGGUAAGAAAUGUGCAUUUGAAUUUCCAGUUAAGUGAAAUCCUUUUGCGUAUUGCCAAAGCCAAAGAGACGCUAUAAUAACAUGUUUUUAUUGUGUUAUUGGGUUAUUGCAGAAGGAAGUGGUACAAAAUCACGUUCCACAGUCGACGUGAAAACUUGGCUGCUGAUGUGAGAAACCUGGCAUUAUUUUCUCAAUAAGCAAGUUGUAUGUUUUUGGCUUGUGAUAAAUUGAUCGUUGAGAUAUUGGGCUAGCUAUUUAACAUGACAAUCCGUGCAGACAAUGAGGGUAUAUUAAAAGAAGUUUAACAAUACGAAUUAACUUAUCUGUAUCAUCAAUCAAUAUUAACAGACAAUCAGUUAAAUAAAUAAAAACAUAUUUCACAUGA